UAUUCCGUCGCAUUCCUCGUUCGAUGUGUACUGCGAGUCCUCGGAUGCGGCGAUAAGAGAAUUCGAAUUACGGAGGUGGAUUUGGGUCCGGAGAGCGCUGAGUGGGACUGGCCAUGGCUGCUGCUGCUGCUGCAAUUUCUGUGCCCUGCUCGUCGUUUGGCACGAGCGGUGUGGAGCGCGCGGUGCAAUGCCGGCCUUCGGGAUCGAUAACGAUUCCGAGCAAGUGUCUGCUGAGAAGGACGUCCCUGGAAUCUGCGCGCAGGUGCGAAUCGAAACGCGGAGCGAAGACUUCUCGCUCGCAGUUCACUGUCGUGGCGAGCUCAGCGCAACCCAGAGUGUACCAGGUGACCGAACAGCUGGUGGAUGAGGUGAGAAAUCGCCUGGAGAAAGAGCAGGGCGAUCUGAGGGUGGGGAAGAAUGGCAGAGACGAUCCCGCUUUGAUUUCAUGGUUUCUCAAAGAUCGCAAGCUGGACGUCGAGGCCACUGUGGCAAAAUUGACAAGAGCUCUACAGUGGCGAAAAGAAUUCGGAGUGGAUCAGAUUACUGAAGAUUUCAUAGCCGCGGCUGCGGCCAAGGGAGAAGCGUAUCUGCACACGCACAAGGACAAGAAAGGAAGGCCCACGAUCGUUGUGGUGGCGAAGAAGCACUUCCCUGCGCAGAACUCCAAAUUCGAAACUGAGAAACUUUGCGUCGCACUGAUCGAGAGGGGCGUCGAUCAGCUUCCCGAAGGCGAAGACAAGCUGCUGGGAAUCUUCGACCUUCGAGGCUUCACAUCGAAGAAUGCGGACUGGAAAUUUGUGAGGUUUUUGGUGGAUGUGUUCUAUGAAUACUACCCGAAGAGGCUCGGAGAAGUGCUCUUCAUCGAUGCCCCGUUCAUCUUUUCAGCUGGCUGGAACACAUUCAAGCCUCUGCUGGGCUCAUACGCCCAGCUCGUCAGGUUCUGUAGCGUGUCGGAGAUCGGUGAAUAUUUCACUCCGGACACAAUGCCUGAGGAUCUCAAGUCCUAGAAUUUGAGCUCCCGCCCUUUGCAGUCAUCGUCAGGGCUCUGUACAUUAUCGUCAUUUUUGUUAGCCAGAUCAAGUUGUAGAAUUGGACUGAACUGCUCAUAAGAUCUUGUGAUGAAAUGCAUCACUGCCCAUUGUGAUCACAGAGGACUCUCUUUACUCUGCCAAAUAAAGGAAACGCCCCUUUUCCCUUUGAACGACAGUCUCUUGCAUCAUGCUCAACCUCACUUCGUGCUCUUCAGGCCGUUUCAGUUUGGCUUACCGUCAGACGUUCUCGUGCCAAUUCUCAACUCUGCACUGAAUCGUUUUCCAGCGGCCUCAAACAAUGUCUUUCCGAUCAAGGUGUGAUUAUGCAUGGGGACAUCAAGAGCUUCAAGGAGAUUCAUGAACUUCACCAGUCUCGUAAAGAUCGACAAUAACGAAUGAGGGUCCACACUGCGUUAUGUGAAACUAAAGCUUCAAGCAAUAGAGCAGCCGUCGUAUGGAUUAAUGAGAUGUCAAGGGAAGCCUCUCAUGGCUCUCGCAACAAUGAGCUGACCGAUGGGUGUGGUCAAUACACAUGUUUAGAUAGAUCUCAGCUACCGUAAUAUCUGAUCGCAAACUUUCAAGGCUGUCAGUAUGAACAUCAUGUACUUGGAAGUUGCACAAUCUUCUCUCAGACAAUUGUGCUGAUCUACAGAUCUUGAACGGAGGUGCUACAAAUCUAGUGAAUGUGGAAUAGUCAGUAGUUUUGCUUCCUUAACUAUGAUGAGUGGCAACUGGUGCGAAAAUUGGAUCCGCUUGCUACAGACUUUGGUUACUACAAUCUUGUGAAAACCUGAUCUGCCGAGUGCAAUCAUCAACUAGACGGCAAUGUGCCUGAGUGGUGUGUUACCUGCCUUCUCCAGAUCAGGCAGACGUGCUGAGAGAAUCGGACUUCAAGCCAGUCUGGCUACACUUUUGCAGUACUUUGGAGUCUUAAUUUAAAUGUCUGAAGAGUAUUGGUAUCACCGAGUUGUCCCACAAUGCCAGAUGAACGGUGUCGUUGUACAUCAUUCCAAGUAUUGUACUCCGAAAGGACUCAUCUAUUGUCUUCUAUUUUCGAUUACAAAGGUAAAGGAGUGAUCUUUAUAGAAGCUAUGAUGUACAGGCGCAUGCCUCUACUUGAGAUGUUUUGAUAAACCUUGUAUGCAGGGCGGGCUGUUCUGGUCAGAAAAUUGUAGCCGGUUUUGGAUCAAGAAUCCUUUUGAUUGCAUUUUGUGGCCAUCACGCCAUCACUUUCUCCCCUUAGAGGUUACCUCAGUUCAAUGAAAAAACGUUCCCUGCACGACUGAUUGGAGACAAGC